ACUGGGUGCCGUGGGCUUUCGGUGCUAAAACUUGAAAACAAGAGAGAAGGAUGGGAAUUGUGAUAAUAGAUGGACCCACUGUUCGAUCCUUCGUGAACGAGGAGGACAUAUUCAAUAAGAGCGUGGAUGAGCGGUUCACCUCCUUAGACCUCAACGGCGAUGGUGUCCUCUGCAGGUCAGAGCUGCGUAAGGCUUUCGAAUCCUUCCGACUCAUCGAGACCCAUUACGGAUCCGAUGUGGCCACCCAGCCCGACGAUCUCACCCAGCUCUAUGAUGCCAUCUUUGAGAAGUUUGAUUGCGACCGCAAUGGAACCAUCGAUCGCGAUGAAUUCAGGUCCGAGAUGAAGAAGAUCAUGCUCGCCAUCGCCGAUGGCCUUGGCGACUCACCCAUUCAGAUGGUUAUCGAAGACGAUGACAAUAGCUUUCUCAAGAAAGCUGCUGACCUCGAGGCAUCAAAGAUAACGCAAGCCUCAUGAAAUCAUAUCACCCCCCGCCACUAAAUCCAUCUGUCUAUCUAUCAUUGCAUUAACGUGAGUUCUCUGUUCAGUCUGAGUCUGUUAAUAUACAUGUUAAAAAUGCUUGGUUUGUCCUUUGAAUGUUUUCUUUUCUGUGGAGGGGGAGAUGUUUGUUUGUUUGGAAUUCAUAUUCUGCGACGGUAAUUGAUC